AUGAACAAGUCCCAAUCAGGAUUAACAUACAAACACGUUCCAACAGAGAUUGGAGAUGGAUACAUCGCGCAGGUUGAAGUCUUUCACCAAAUUCACUGUGUGCACAUGUUGCGACAAUGGGCAUAUAAGGAGUACUGGACAGAUCAAGGUCUCCCUCUUCCUGGAGGCCUGUCUCCAGAUUCAGAACUCUCACGGAUGCAUUUGGGUGAGAGCAAUAGCACCUCUGAUCUUACACCGAUUUUAGUCGAGCUCGAUCCUAAGGCGCCUUUCGGCGAAAGAGCAGACUUUCGAUCGAAUCACAAAUGUCGCAAUUUUUGGGAUAUUCAUAAAUAUGUUAGUGAGCACACUGUUAUGGCUUGA